CGGUGUGACCUCAGAGUGAACCUCAGCAGCAGGAAACAAACACAGCGGCAGCGGCGGAGGAGGAGACGACACACCACACUUACCACAGUUGUUUACAGCCAAAGCUAAUGACAAACAAGACAGACAAACACCGCAGCUGAAUAAGAGUCGUUACACCGAUAGAUGAUGCACAAGAUGCCUGGUCAACUUGGCAACAUGAAGCCCAGAAAGAGGAAGAGGGGCUCUGAGGCCAAACACUCCAGAAAGGCUUCUUCUACGAGGAGGAAAUGUAUGAAAAGUCCAAAGACGUCCUCGGCAGCAGAGAGCAGUUCAGUAGGUUACGGUAAAGCAGCCGGUCCUCUGGAGAGUCUCUCCCGCAUCAGCUGUGAAUGCCACCAGUCCGCCGGCAGGAGGAGAUGCUCAGCGUCGCCACAGCUGGGAGGACAGGAGGGUAAAGAGAACGAGCUGAGGACGGGGCCGGACUGGGACAGCUGCAGGUUGAACGGCACCUGGGACAAACAGGAGUCUGAGGACAUGGAUUAUGAAGAAACAGGCAAAAACAUUUUCCCAGAUGAUGACAGUAACCAGAUUCUCCCUGUGGAGCAGUUCUUUGGAAACUUGGAGGUUGUGCAGGAUUUCCCUCAAAGAUCCUCAGCGACUUCCGCCCGCGUCCACAGGGAGAACAGGAGGCGACAUUACUACGCACCAGAGGACAGCGACGAAGAGGAGGUGGGCCUCAGCAGCACGCAGCAAGACGACGGAGAGGGCACUUAACGAAGACUAACUGCACUGGUGACUGUGGCGGACUCAAAGUCACGUCUGUGGGAGGACAUAAAACCUUUCAGCACUUAAGAAAAAGUGGCCAAAUGAAAACUUCCUAUCGAGAAGCUGCGUUCAAUCAGCCCCUUGUCAACGGUUAAAAUCACAAGACUGUUACCAAUCUGCCAGGUGUUUGGGUGCUUAUGGUCAUGGGUGAUGACGUCGCUCGCUGUGACAUGAGAGUAAUGGAAGCUAACGUGAACUUGCUGUAGCAGUAAAGCAAAGCAUUACAUGGGUGCAUUUAUAAACCUGGUACCAGGACCCCCACCGUGUCCUGACCCCUAAAACUCAAGCAUCCCAGAACUUGUUGAAGUUUACCACCAGUGUGUACCAGCACUUUGUCAAGAGUUCAAAAGCGAUUUCUUAAUGGUUAAAUGUACGACUUUUUAGUUUUAUACAUGUAACAUUUGGCCUGAUACCCGAAUUAUUUAAUUCGAUUUUUUUUUAAAAGUAGCCACCUGUGAGGAACAUGUACAAUAGUGCUUGUUUUAUUUAUUACAGCAUUUACGCUCACACCACCCCUGGUCCAGUGUGUGUGGGUGAAGUGUGAGGGUGUGUUGACACAGCACUUUAUGUAGACAAAUCAGUCCACAUCAUUUAUUGCCUCUGAAUUGGAGUACCACGUUUGCAGUUGGAGAUUAGCCUCGAGAGAUGCCAAACAUAGUGCAAUAACAAACAAAUAGCAAAUUUCAAAACGGCUGAUUUUCCCCCUUAAAUCUAUUUUAAAUGGAAAAAUGCAAAAGUGUCAUGUCGGUAAAAGCAGCAUAGUGAUAUGUUUCAGAAGGUAUAAAUGUAGAUACUCACGCCAAAGAGCAGUUUCAAAAUAAAAGCUUUUAAUAUCAGAAUGUCAUAGUUGAUGAAUGUCAGCAGGGUUCUUCCAUUGUUCACCAAGUGUCUAAUAUUCCUCUUUGACUCAUCUUUAUGUGCUCAGUUUCAAGUUUUGUCAUCACUCUGGCAGCUUGUUAACAUAUAACACCUCUGUCUAUAUAUAUACAGUAUACAUACAUAUAUAUAUAUAUAAAUGCAGCUCAAAAUAACAUUACAUUACACAUGAAAAAACAAAAAUAUUGAGGUUUCUGUGUAAACCGGAGAUAAUUUAGGCUCGACUUUUAAUCCAGUCCUCUGAUUUUUGAGGUUAACAGCAAUUGCACUAGCAUUAACAACAUGUGUUGUAGUAUUUUGUAUAUAGCUUUUUGUUCUGACCAUCCAAUCAAAUGUGUGUUAUAUAUUUUUACUGUCUUUUAAAUUCAUGCCUUAUUUAACACUUUUCAUACUCUCCUAUGCAACUUUCUGACUGAAUGAAUGCCUCAUAAAUUUAAGCAGUCAUUGUAAUCAAUUCAUGCAUUUUACAUCACUGUGCCAACGCAAAGAACAAAUAAAUGUUUUUCAUGA